AUGACCGGGACAACAGGGACGUUACCGGAAUACUCCAUAGGCGAAAGGGUCUGGCUAGAUGGAAAGAACAUAGAACUCAGGACAAACUCCAACAAGCUAGACCCCAAGAGACUAGGACCGUUCAAGGUCACAGAGAAAGUAUCCAGCCAUGCCUACCGCCUGGAACUCCCUGAAACCUUGAAAAUCCACAAUGUAUUCUAUGUAGGGCUACUAUCAAAGGCGCACGAAUCCCCAAGGGAAGAGGAAUAUGAAGUAGAACAGAUCAUUGACUCCAAGCGUCAACGGGGAAAAUGGUUCUAUCUGAUCAAAUGGAAGGGGUACGGUCCAGAAGACAAUUCAUGGGAACCGGAAGAGCUAUUGGAACACAGCCGAGAAGAGAUCAAACGCUUCAACCAAGCUAAACUCAAAAAGGCUCGUGACUCCGCCAAGAGCCUUUAA